CUUAAGUUUUUAUAAGAUCAAAUAAUUUUAUCGCUGUUAUAGUUGUGUAUUUUUAUUUGAUAUUUUAUAGAAUUUCUCAAUAUGUCUAAUUUUAUUCUUAUUAGAUCUUAUAGACAAGAAGAUGAACCAUUUUGCAAAAAGUUACUUAAAGCUGGUAUAAUCGAUUCGCUAAAUGCAACAUUUACUGCAUUUUUAACUAGGAAAGGAGCUAUUAAUGCAAUAAAUGCAUCAAUUGUAAUGUUUACAUUGGCACUCAUAAUAGUAGGAUUUCCUAUUGUUUAUUGUAUUAUGUUUAUAUUUAUACCACCAAUUAUUUUUUACAUUUUUUUAUAUGCAACUUUUUUGUAUGAAGCUAGAAAUGUUGAAAAUGAAGCAUCUGCGAUUACAUGGAUUUACACAUCAGAUAAUUCUUCCUGUUUUUGGAUAGCGGAAGCAUAUGAAGAUUAUUCAUUAAAUCAUCAACAAAAUCAACGAUAUAUUUUCAUGACAGAGGAAAAAUUUAAUGAAUCUAAUAUUAAUGUUUCAAGGUAUGUCAAAAAAGUUGUAGGUACUAUUGCUUUCUAUAAUUGUAAUAGGUCACCAAAUUCUGGUUGGAUAAAAAGAUUAAGUGUUCAUAAAAACUAUAGAAGAAAAGGUAUAGGAAGUUAUCUUGUGAAUCGAGUUUUGCAAUUUGGCGAAGAACAAGGAUUUGAAUAUAUUAAUGUGAUUAUUUCAGAAUAUAGAAUAGGAGCAAUACUUUUAUUUAUAAAAAAAGGUUUCAAUAUGCAUAAUAUACACAGUAAAUCACAUUUUAUGUUAAUAGCGUUUUAUGAAUAUGUAUAUCGAACGACGCAUUAUCGUCCACGUUAUUAAAAACCCACAUAAUGUAUAAUCUAUACCGGAUAACUAAACUAUUCAUCACACUUAAAUAUUUAAAUCAAAUGUGUUAAUAGUAUUUUUAUGUUUAUUUUUUAUAUGAUAUAAUUUUUUUUUAGAAUAUAUGAAAGCAAAAACAGUGUAAAAAUUUGGUAAUUCUCUAUUUUACAUCUUUAGAGGAUAUCAAUAUUUUCCAAUUUCUUUAUUUCCCAAUAUUUACAUUUGGAUCUAACUUAGGUCAAUAAUAUUUGAAAUAAUUUAU